CCACAAUAGCCCGAGGACUGAAGUGCUAAAGUGCUCCCAACACCAAUAUACCAUCCUCUUCGUCGCCACCACAUCCCGUCCUCCCCUCGCCGCCGACGUCGCCUCCCCGUCUCGCUCGCCAUCUCUUCCCAAGGGCAUUCUUUGAUCGUCGUCGGAGGAGAGGAGAGGGGAUGUCGGACGAGGAGCACCACUUCGAGUCGAAGGCCGACGCCGGCGCGUCCAAGACUUACCCGCAGCAGGCCGGCACCAUCCGCAAGAACGGGUACAUCGUCAUCAAGAACCGCCCCUGCAAGGUUGUGGAGGUUUCAACCUCUAAAACUGGGAAGCAUGGUCACGCCAAGUGCCACUUUGUUGCUAUCGACAUCUUCACUGGCAAGAAGCUUGAAGAUAUUGUGCCAUCUUCGCACAACUGUGAUGUUCCUCAUGUGAAUCGUACUGAAUACCAGCUCAUUGAUAUAUCUGAGGAUGGAUUUGUUAGUCUGCUGACUGAAAAUGGUAACACCAAAGAUGACCUGAAGCUCCCAACUGAUGACAACCUGCUUGGUCAGAUCAAGGAUGGAUUUGGUGAAGGGAAGGACCUGGUGGUGACAGUCAUGUCUGCCAUGGGGGAGGAGCAGAUCUGUGCGCUGAAGGACAUUGGUCCGAAGAACUGAUAUCACGGCAUAUAUCUUCUUUCAUGUGUACCACCUUUCAGUUAAUAUUGGUUUGAGUAUACUAGGAGCAAGGCUCUUAGAAUACACAGUUGCAUCAGUAGGGAAUUAUAUCACGAAACCUGUACCUCUUGUUCAUCUGGGUCAAAUUCCUCAUCCGAUUUUUUUCUCCUGUCACUGUAUCCUAAAACCUUACAGUUUUAUCAAUCUCUGGGUGCUGUUAAACUAAUAUAUUUCAAUGUGGAGUGGAGUGGAGUGG